GCAAAGAACAAAUUCAAAUUUCAAAUUAGAGUUUGUAAACAGGACAGGAUUAAUUUUACUAUGUUACUAGCUUUCAUGCACACAGCAUGCUUCCAACGAUAGUUGAUGUUGUGAGAAUAAUUUUAAUACAGUACGGUUGCAACUUAAGACGCAGAGUACCUAUUUAAUCAAAUUACUUAUUUAUACAUAUAAAAUAAACAAACCUUGAAAUUACAGUAUUCAAAAGUUUCACGUUUUAGUAUUUAGUAGAUUAUGUUUCGGUAGAUUAUUAAUGAAUGAAGAUUGAAAUCCAACAUGCAAAGUUACAUAAUGCCACGAGCAGUUUUAGUGACGGGUGGUGCGGGCUAUGUCGGCUCCCACACCGUGAUAACGUUAUUAGAACGACAGUCGGACGGCGAUCCUUUGGAAAUCGUGGUGGUGGAUAACUUGUCGAACGGUUACUGCGCCGAGGGCGAGAAGAAACCGGAAGCUUUGAAGAGAAUCGAAGAGUUGACCGGAAAGACGGUGCAUUUUUAUAAAGUAGACAUCAGAUGUGCCGAAGCCUUGGAUAGGAUAUUUGAAAAUCACAACAUCGAUUGCGUAAUACAUUUCGCAGCAUUGAAGGCUGUCGGAGAGUCGGUGGAGAAGCCUCUAGAAUAUUAUCAGGUUAAUAUCAACGGAACUUGCACGCUAUUCGAGAUAAUGCGGAAACAUGGCGUCUACAAGCUGGUCUAUAGUUCGUCGUGCACGGUUUACGGUGAGCCGGAGUAUCUGCCAAUCAACGAGUCGCACCCUACGGGAAAGUCCCUGACCAGCCCCUACGGAAAGUCGAAGUACUUCUGCGAGGAGAUCAUGAAAGAUUUGUGUGUGAGCGAUAAGAAAUGGGCGAUAAUAUCUUUACGAUACUUCAACCCGGUUGGGGCCCACGAAAGCGGCCGAAUAGGAGAGGAUCCCUCUGGCAUACCCAACAACCUAAUGCCUUACAUUUCCCAGGUAGCAGUCGGUCGGCUAAAGGAGCUAAAAGUGUUCGGCGACGAUUAUCCCACCGCGGACGGGACCGGCGUCCGGGACUACAUCCACGUGUGCGACCUCGCCGCGGGACACGUGCAGGCCAUAAAACUGUUCCACCAGCCGGGCUUCAACGGUUUUCAUGCUAUUAAUUUGGGUACGGGCACUGGUUACUCGGUGCUGGAGAUGGUAGCGGCGUUCUCCAACGCGAGCGGCCGGGCCGUGCCGCACGCCGUGGCGCCGCGUCGCGCCGGUGACGUCACCGCGAACGUUGCCGACGUCGCGCUGGCGACGCGCUCGCUCGGCUGGCGCGCGACGCGGAGCCUGCACGACAUGUGCCGCGACACGUGGCGCUGGCAGGAGGCCAACCCCAACGGGUAUCAUCGAAUUUAAAAUAUUUCUUCAUUAGAGUCGGCUGCAUUAGAGUACUUGUGGUUUGUUAUUUGUUGUUCGUAUUCGCGGGAUAUUUUACUCUGAACAUAUAAAAGUCAAACGCACAAUUUCCACAAUAUCUAUAAUGUAUAAAAUGUUAUAAUAUAAACUAAAAGAGUAAACAACUUAAAUCGACGCGCGCGAAUCUCUUUGCAUGACGUCACGGGACACCUGCGUGUUCGGGAACCCCGAUCGCAUCCGAUGACGCCCGAGCGCGACCGAAUGUUGCGCGCUACAUACUUAACGGUAGGUAGCGGCUUGGCUCUGCCCCUGGCAUUGCUGAAGUCCAUGGGCGACGGUAACCACUCACCAUCAUGCUCGUCUGCCUAUAAGGGCAAUAAAAAAAUGUUCAGUCAAUACAAGUUCAAACUUAAUGUGCCCCCAGCUAACAGUUCACAGAAACAUUUAUAAGUCAGAUAUACACAAAUAUUUCAAUGAAAAUUGUGAAUGUUUCCAACUAAUAUUUUAGAAAAAAAUUAUCUUUUCUAGAAAAUAUCUUAUACGAUCUUAUAACUUCACUUAACAUAUUUAAUUUAACAUAAUUUAAUACUAAAGUGUUCGAUGCGGCCAUAUUAUUUUGAUUUUUUUUAAAACAUACCAAAAAUCACACGUUCCUAUAUAUGUGUUGCCAUUUUCGUAAUUUAUUCUACCCCAUUUAUUAUAAUAAAAAGAAUAUAUUUUAAUUAUUUAAUUUAGUAUAUUUAUUCGUUAAACUUGACCAAAGUUGACUCAACCAAAUAAUUGUUGUUAUAAAAUAGUUAUUAUACAAAAAGCAUUUAUAAUUUUAAUAAAUAUUUAGGAUGCUAUAGAAUUUUAUAAACAUAUUCGUUUCCAUUGCUGACUGACUGUCGAUUCAUCAUUUAAAAGAAUGAUAGUAUUAACGAAAUUAAGAAAUUAUUUAUUUUGAGUGUUCUGAAGGAACUUUGUAAUCGUAUCUAGUGAAGCGUCUGUGUCGAUGUCUUUGCCUAUUUAAAUAUAGGAUAUCCUUAAAAAAAAAUCUGUAAUAAUUUAAUAUCAACGGGCAUCGAGUCGUUUUUUUUUCGUGAAAUUUUGUAUAAACUUCCAAAAGUACGAUUACCAAAAUGAAUUCAUACAAAAUGUUUUAAAUGUUCGUAUCGUGAAUUUCGAGUCAUGACUUGUACUCAAGUCCGCAAUUAAUAACUUGACAAAAUUUUGUUUAGCAUUUCACUGUAAUCAUAUCAUUCCUGUAAUGUAAUGUUAUUUUUAACUUUUGGU